AUGGCAAUCGCACGAGCCAAGAACAUCGGAAUCUCCGCCAAGAAGCUGCGGCUUGUGAUGGACGAGGUGCGCGGCAUGAAAGUGGACGACGCGCUGGCAUAUCUGCGAUAUAUGACCUCGCCGAGUGCGGGGGAGAUCUUCAAGGUCUUGCAUGCGGCCGCUGCGAACGCUGAAAACAAUGAUUUGCAGGAUCGCGAGGCGCUGGUAAUCAAGCGCAUUGUCGCCGACCAGACGGUUACGAUGAAGCGAUUUCGGCCUAAGGCGCGUGGUCGUGCCGGUGCGUUCAACCGCCCGACCGCACUCAUCACUAUCGAGGAUUUCCGCCUCGGCAUUUCAGCUGAUUGGCGUUCGAAUUGGUUUGCCGGGAAACCAGACGGUUACCGUGAACUGGUUCAAGAGGACUACCAGAUUCGUGAGAUUGUCGCCCGCGAAUAUCAAGGCGAGGGCGCGAUAUCACGCGUCGACAUCGACCGCGGCGGUGGCGAGAUCAGCAUCAACGUAUUCACGAGUCGGCCCGGAAUCAUCAUCGGUCGCAAUGGUCAACGGAUCGAUCGCUUGCGACAUUUGAUUGAACGCUCAACUGGUCGACGCGUCCGAAUAUCGGCCAACGAGAUCAAGGUUCCAGAACUCGAUGCGAAACUGGUGGGCCAGAGCCUGGCGGAACAGCUCGAGCGACGAAUACCUUACCGGCGAGCGGUGCGGAUGUCGAUGCAACGGACGAUGGAUUCGGGUGCCGAAGGAAUCAAGGUAGUGGUGUCCGGCCGAUUGGGCGGAGCCGAGAUUGCCCGUGUUGACAAGCAGAUGGAGGGGCGAGUCCCCCUGCACACGUUGCGCGCCAAGAUCGACUACGCGGUUUCGGAGGCGUACACGACUUUCGGCGUUAUCGGCAUAAAGGUCUGGAUUUUUACUGGAGACAUGCCCGCGGAAGGCCGAUUGCAACGCGAGGGUAAUUCCGGCGUGUCGCCCAUCGGACUGGGUCGCGCACCGAGGCACCGCCGAUAA